UUGUGGGCGUCACUGUCACUGAGCGGUGCAAAUGCGGAUGGGUAUAAAACGGAUCUUCUAGCCAGUGGUAAGUAUCAGUCAUUCGUCUGUCUUCAGUCGCAUUCGUUCAACGCAGAAAAUCAAAUAACUCACAAACAAAAUCACCAUGCAAUUCCAAGUGACUUUCGCAGUGCUCGCCGCGGUCAUGUGCUUCGCCGCUGCCGCCCCCGCAACCGAAGAAGUCAAAUCGUCGCCUUCAGCGUCUGCUCAAUCUGGUGCUGUUUCAGACACCGAUCGUAGCAAACGGUUCGUGGCCGUCGCUGCACCUUACGUGGCCGCUGCACCGGUCGCCGCCGCACCUUACGUAGCCGCUGCACCAGUCGCCGCCGCACCUUACGUGGCCGCUCCAUACGCUGCCGCCCCUUACGUUGCUGCCCCAUAUGCCGCCGCCCCUUACGCACUUUCUUCCCCGUACGCUUCCCCUUACGUAUCGUCAUACACCACUUACCCAUACGUAGCCAAGACCCUGGCUUCCCCGUACACUUACUACCCAUGAACGGCCUUUCACUCGUCACUACCCACAUCUAUAAUCGGAAAGAAAUACGACACGUCACAAAAAAUAAAAUUAAAAAUUGUUUAACUCUGAUUGAAAUAAUGUAUUCAAAAAUAUGAAAAUAUUAUGUCUUGUUGAAUAUAUAAUAUGUAAAUAAAAAUUUAAUUUUUCUCAAUGA